GCCGUCGCUGCGUAGUUUGCCAAGCAGGCAACGCGCCCGCCGCUGAGAAGAGAGGAGGCGGAGGUUUCUUCGCCCCCCCCCCCCCGACCCCCACCAUAGAGCCUACCGUCGCCGCACAUCGAGGAGAGUGUGAGGAUCUCCCGAUACACUGCGCUUGGAAGACAAAAUUGAUUUAUUGUGUUGACUUAAGUAGCAAGAUGGACUGGACUGGGAAACACAAUGGUCCAAAUGAUACAUCUAGUGAUGGAACAGUACGACUUCGUGGACUGCCAUUUGGUUGCAGCAAAGAGGAGAUUGUUCAGUUCUUCCAAGGGUUGGAAAUCGUGCCAAAUGGGAUAACAUUGACGCUGGACUACCAGGGGAGAAGCACAGGGGAGGCCUUCGUGCAGUUUGCUUCAAAGGAGAUAGCAGAAAAUGCUCUGGGGAAACACAAGGAAAGAAUAGGGCACAGGUACAUUGAAAUCUUCAAAAGUAGUAAGAGUGAAAUCAGAGGAUUCUAUGACCCACCAAGAAGAAUGAUGGGACAACAACGACCGGGACCAUAUGAUAGACCAUUAGGAGGAAGAGGGGGUUAUUAUGGAGCUGGGCGUGGAAGUAUGUAUGACAGAAUGCGUCGAGGAGGUGGUGGAUAUGACGGUGGAUAUGGUGGCUUUGAUGAUUAUGGUGGCUAUAAUAACUAUGGCUAUGGAAAUGAUGGCUAUGAUGACAGAAUGAGAGAUGGGAGAGGUAUGGGAGGACAUGGCUAUGGUGGAGCUGGAGAUGCAAGUUCAGGUUUCCAUGGUGGUCAUUUUGUUCAUAUGAGAGGAUUGCCUUUUCGAGCUACAGAGAAUGAUAUUGCUAAUUUUUUUUCACCACUGAAUCCUAUAAGAGUUCACAUUGAUAUUGGGGCAGAUGGAAGAGCAACAGGAGAAGCAGAUGUGGAGUUUGUAACACAUGAAGAUGCAGUGGCUGCCAUGUCUAAGGAUAAAAAUAACAUGCAACAUAGAUAUAUUGAACUGUUUCUGAAUUCAACUGCUGGAGGAGGCUCUGGAAUGGGAGGCUAUGGCAGAGAUGGAAUGGAUCAAGGAGGUUAUGGCUCUGUUGGCAGAAUGGGAAUGGGUAGCAAUUACAGCGGAGGAUAUGGUACUCCUGAUGGCUUGGGUGGAUAUGGUCGUGGCAGUGGAAAUAGUGGUGGAUACUAUGGGCAAGGCAGUAUGGGUGGAGGUGGAUGGCGUGGAAUGUAUUGAAGAGUGACCUUGCUUCUACAAAAUAUCCUGGAAGAAACAGUAUCUGGUCUACUAGACUUUCUUACAAAAUUUAAUUUCUUUUGUAUUUUAAGAACUUUAUAAUGACUGAAGGAAUGUGUUUUCACAAUAUUAUUUGGUAAGCAACAGAUUGUGAUGGGAAAAUCUGUUUUCUGUAGGUUUUAUUUGUUGCAUACUCUUGACUUUAAAUAAAUUUUUAUAUUCAAA